ACUAAAUCUAUAUUCAAGCAUAAGGAGCGCGAACGAUAGACGCUACUCUCCUAGAUUCGCUUUCGCGCGUGAUUUAUUCGUGCGAAGCGCGGAUAAAAAUGUGUAACGCGACUCGCCUUGUGACGCACGGCCUUGUUUUACCUGAAAUAGAUUUCACCGCGAAAACGUAUUCCGUGCGAAAUACUUGACGAAAAUGUCGAUUCCGAAGACGUCGAACGCGAAGACGUCGUUCUGCACGAAGACGUUUGUCUUCUUUAGAUGCUUUAAAAGCACCACCUUCAUAUACGAACGGACGUAUUUAUUUUUAGUUCAAAGAGUACCUACAUCGUUCGUACAAAUUGAAAAGAAGUUCUUUUUAAAAGAGCUCCAUGCCCUUCGGCUAGUCAAGAGAAAAGAAGGAGAAGAAAGGAAAUAUCGGACAACGGAAGGAUCGGUUUCGCUCUGCCGUUUCAUUCAAAGUCCGAACAGCUCCGAGGAAAAGAGCGAGAGAGAGAGAGAGAGAGAGAGAGAGAGCGCGCGAGAGAGAGAGAGAGAGAAGAGAGAGAGAGAGGCCAUUGGAUCGAGCGCAAGCUUGGGAAAUACAGAGCGCAAGCUCGGUGCGUCGGUGGCGUCGCGGCGGCGGUGGCGGCGGCAACGACGACGACGACAACGACGGUGGUGGCGUCGCUCGCUACACCGACGAAGGCAUUAACGUUGACGUCACAACGCCGCCCCCGUCCGUCAUCGACCGACCGACGGCAUUACGACGUCACGCGUGCCACCAAGGACGACGCUAUUUUCGGCGUCAUGUACCGUCGUCGCCAUCGGUGAUGGCGUUUGCGCUCCCGAUCUCGUCCUCCUCGAUUCUCGCUUCCUCUUUCUCUUCCACCUUUUGCUUUCGUUAUUGGCUUAUACCUCUUAAUCGUCGCUAACGUUGCGCGCAAUUUCUCUCCUCUUACUUUUUAUCUAUGGAAACGUUUUAUUAUCGUGAAUCAUCUCUCAUAACGGUUACAAACUCAUUUGCAAGAAACAUCGUCUUUCUAUUUUUUUCUUCUUCAUCUUUUUUUUGACACAAAGUCGAUAAAAUUCUCUUGCGAGUUUCUCACGAGACGCGUGUAGCGGCUUCUCUAAGAAUGUUUAACGAUACUACGUUUCACCGUUCCGCAGCUUCCGCGAGUGUGGUAACGCGCCUUGCGAAACUUUUUCCUCUUAUGUCUACAACUUAUGUCUGUUUGAGCGGAGACUCGUCGUUGCUACUGGACUCGCAAACUCGAGAAAAAAUUACAUUUAACAUUCUUCGACGAGCGGACUCUAUCGUAUCGUCGUAUAAGUCGAUAAGUUGGAUGAAGUUAGGUAUGACUUCGAUGUCAACGAUGAUGUCCGUCGGACAGGAAUUUCGCGGUUUCAGUGUCGACCUUGAGCCAAGCUCUCGGCGCUUGCAAUUUCGUUUCGACUCUAUUUCGCGGAAGUACCGUUACGCCGUUGGCUUUCGUAAGGCGAGAAUAGGAACGAGCCGUAGAACGGAAGAGAGAGAGAGAGAGAGAGAGAGAGAAGGAGAUAAAGUUACGCCGCUAACAACUCGCUCGCGUAAUAGUCGGCGUGGCAGUGGGCUAAAUUUAACGGGCACGCAGGAAGACGGUAAAAAGCAAAGAGACCGAGACGGACGGAUAAAGAAGAAAGAGGGAAAGAAAGAGAGAAAAAAAGACAUUUUCGUUACUCGUGCCAAAGCAAAGCUAUGACGAUGCAUCGUGCGCGUCUCUCCUCUUCUCAAACGUAAAUACUCUAAUGUCGUCGUGGUAUUUGGUGAAUGACCGCCAACUAUGAAAUUUUAUGAUUCGCGACCGCUCUGAAAGAAAUCGGCAAGAGUUUCUUUUUAUUGAAUCGCCAAUGUUCGUCGAUGCCGAGCUCGUCUCCAUGAAUUCGACGAUUUAGCAAUCGGCAAUUACUUUUGCUCGUAAUCAAGAAAAUCAAGUUAUUUCGAGCGAUGUCAUUGUACAGAAACGCAAGAGGCUGAGCUAAAAGCGAUAAGACAGAAAGAGAGAGAGAGAGAGAGAGAGAGAGAGAGAGAGAGAGAGAGAGAUUCGCGCGGCUCGCAGGAUGCAUUGUGCGCGUGCUUGCUUCUUCUCAAGUUUUUUGCACCGCCUUGUAACCAAAGUGACGAAACAGAAGCAGCAAAACGUAUUGGUGAAUGACCGGCGCGGAAAUGCUCGUUAUGCAACGCGGCUAGAAUGACGAAAGAAGCAACAAAAUUAAGCAGUUGCUCCUCACAAGAGCUAGAAGCAUUUAAAUCCUUUUCUCGUGCGCGCGCGCGCGCAUAAGCAGAAAUUAUUUUUGUACUGGCAGCGGCGAGGGAGGCUAUCGGACAUAAGUACACGGCAGUUGCACUCGCCGAACGGCGACAGCGACAACAGCAACGGUAGCCAACGUACGGUAGCCGUUACGCGAAACGAGAUAGAGCAACAGCAACAGCAGCAGUCGCAUCGGCAGCGACAGCAGCAACGACAGGCAACAGCUACCGUUCCGGUUCUCGGCUGCACAAAUCACUCCUCGAUCACUACGACCACGACGGCCUUCACAGUAGCCUCAAGUAUGCUCCUGCUGCAAACACAGAGUCCAUUUGGAUGCAGCAGUUUCGCGGAUUUGUUGAGCGCUCCCUACACGGAUUCCGCGGAUGCCGGAAGUCUGCCGGAGGAGCUGGAUCCAUUUCCAGAAUUACAGCUGGGUAAUCCGCAGGGUGUGCCAACGAGCGAUGAGCCGGCUCAAUCGCAGCAAAGCGUUCAUCAUCAAACGGCGCAACCUCCUCCUCCGCCACCACCCCUUCCCGAAGAAAUUCAAGCAGAUUCGCUAAGUCCUACGCCAUUGCCGAGCUUCCAAGAGACCUACACGGUGCAACGGUAUACCAGACAGGAACUCCAGGGUCUCGGCAUCAAGAUGGACGAUGACUGUUAUGAAAAUUCGGUAUAUUCAUGCGGCACUGGUCACUACUCCACCGAGUUCACACCGGCCGUCUCCUACCACGAGCACCACAACCAGCAACAACCUCAUCAGCAACCGCAACACCACCAUCAUCAUCCCCAGCAUCAUCAACAACAACAACAGCAACAGCAGCAGCAACAACAACAGCAGCAACAACAACAGUCUCAACCGCAACCACAUCAUCAUCACCAUCAAAGCUACUUUUCAACGGAAUCGGCACCAACGCCUACUGCGGCGAUGCCAUCGCCGUCGAGUCAUCGGCAAGAUUCACCUUACGGAGUAGCAGUGACCGUACCUAUGGUAUACGGUCAAGCAUCUACCAUCACCGGUGGUUCCACCGUAUCGGUACCGGUCCCUCCUACGGACAUUUGUCCAAACAUCGAGAACAUCGUCGUCGGUCCUCCACGUUCGCGAAGAGCAUCUUUACCAACUCAAAGGUCGGAAUCGGCAAGUAGCGGCAGCAACGAGUCUCCCAAGGCACGCGGAGGUGGUAACGCGAGUAUCGCUAGCAUAGCCAGCACAGCGAGCACAGCGAGUACCGGGAGUUCGGUCAGUUCACCGUCGCCCGGAAGCGGCAAUACCGGUGAACGUGCACCACCAAGCCCGAGCCAAUUGUGCGCCGUUUGCGGUGACACGGCGGCGUGUCAACAUUACGGUGUGCGUACCUGCGAAGGCUGCAAAGGUUUUUUCAAGAGGACGGUGCAAAAGGGCUCGAAAUACGUUUGCCUCGCCGAGAAAGCUUGCCCGGUCGACAAGCGUCGCCGAAAUCGUUGCCAAUUCUGUCGCUUCCAAAAGUGUCUCAUGGUCGGCAUGGUGAAAGAAGUCGUUAGGACGGACUCGUUGAAGGGCCGUCGCGGAAGAUUGCCUUCGAAGCCGAAAUCACCACAGGAAUCGCCGCCGAGUCCGCCGGUAUCCUUGAUCACGGCUUUGGUUCGAGCUCAUUUAGACACGACGCCGGAUCGAAUGAAUCUCGAUUACUCGCAGUAUAGACAAUCGAGACCCGGAGAUUUGUCCGUCACCGAGGCUGAAAAAAUUCAACAAUUUUACAGUCUGUUAACCACCUCGAUCGAUGUGAUUAGAAAUUUUGCCGACAAAAUACCUGGCUUUACGGACCUGGCACGAGAGGAUCAGGAAUUGUUGUUUCAAUCGGCCAGCUUGGAACUGUUCGUCCUCAGGCUGGCUUACCGCACGAAACCGGAGGAUACAAAAUUGACAUUCUGCAAUGGAGUCGUCCUAGCGCUCGAACAGUGUCAACGUAGCUUCGGCGACUGGCUCCACAGCAUUCUCGAGUUUUGCAAGUCUCUUCACGGGUUGGACGUGGAUAUUAGCGCGUUCGCCUGUCUUUGCGCUCUUACCCUGAUUACCGAGAGGUACGGCCUCAAGGAGCCGCAUCGCAUGGAGCAACUGCAAAUGAAGAUCAUCUCGUCGUUGCGCGACCACGUGACCUACGAUGCCGAAGCGCAAAGGAAAACGCAUUACUUGUCGCGCCUUCUCGGUAAGCUGCCGGAAUUGAGGAGUCUCUCCGUUCAGGGUCUCCAAAGGAUCUUUUACCUGAAGCUGGAGGAUCUUGUGCCGGCGCCACCGCUGAUCGAAACGAUGUUCGUCGGUAGUCUACCCUUCUAAUCGUUUCCUUCCCCGUUAAACCACCACCGUCGACACGACCACCACUACCACACCCACGCCACGAUUACACGAAGCCUAAGGCUAAUGUAUUAUUCUCGUAAGACGAUAGUCGCCGAGAUCCUACGUGCGGUUACGUAAUUCCAUCUUUUCGAUCUUUAUUUUUAAUUAAUAGCCUGGCUUUCGUUCUCUCUUCUUGCGUAUUUAAGCGCGCCCGAGUGUUCGUAAGUGUCUUUGUCCUUUCGAACGAGUUCACCGAGGAGCAGCUGAACGGAUAUAUGGUCCCUUAUUUUCUCCUUCUCGAUGUUACGAAUGCAACUCCCGAGAAUGAAUCUAAUAUAUUAUACGCUAGAAUAUAUUCGUACGUAUGCGAUUGUACAUGUCUUAUGUACAAUUUUGCGUGUGCGUGAUUAUGCGCGAAUCUACGAGUGAGUGGGAGAGAGAGAGAGAGAGAAAGAGAGAGAGAGAGACUGGAGAGAAAGGAUAGGCAUGAAUCUACGCGAUCGGAGUUAUCUUCUAAGGGAAAGUACCCCAAUGUGCGUGCCUGAAGCUCCGUGUGCGUUACCACUAUUACAAUUACUAUUGCUAUUACUACGCAACUAUUAUUACUACUACUACUACUACUACUACUACUACUACUACUACUACUACUAUUAUUAUUAUUAUUAUUAUUAUUAUUAUUAUUAUUAUUAUUAUUAUUAUUAUUAUUAUUAUUAUUAUUAUUAUUAUUAUUAGUAUUAUUAUUACUGUUACUAUAAUUGCUAUCAUUAACUAUUAUUAUCACUAUCAUAACGUUACCUGCGCGUGCCGUCGAAUGGUAGGAAAUGAAAAAGAGCGCUCGACGAUCGGAGAAUCGGUAAGCGAUUGAAAGCCCCUUGAGCUAGCGGACCACGCGUUACCGACGAAAUUUUUUUCGUAUACCUUUUGCUAUCGUUCUUAUCUUAGAUUUUAGAUCGAGUUUUAAAGAGAGAAAACGAACGAGUUCGUUUCGCGCGAAGAAAGUUAUAUCUACUUACAAAAAAAUGUGUAUAGAAUUUUUAUCACUUUUCUACCUACUUUAUACGAAUUACGUCGCCGUGUUGUCCGCUGCUUCGCCGAUCGAUAUCGUUUAUAUUUCGUCGAUUCUUCGCCGAUCUGUCGUGGCGCCAAACGAGAUAAUGAAAAAACGCCAAAAAAAGGAAAUGAGAGUCAAGGACGAGAAAGGAAGAGAAAAACAUUAUUUACAUUUUGGCAAAAGCUCACGCAUCGUUCGUCGAAAAAGACGCAUUGGCGACUUGCAACAUAUCAGAACAUCGACGGAGGAGCGAACGUGAGCGAUUAAAUUUGUUUGCUUGCGAAGAAAUAUUAACGAGAGAGAGAGAGAGAGAGAGAGAGAGAGAAAGAAAAAGAGAUAAAUGAUGAGAGAGUGCGAGAAAGAAAGAGGUACGUAUCUACACGCGCACACGGAUUCUCUCCUUCGUCCUUUUAUAAUAGGCGUUUAGAAUGCGGCUAUGGUUGCACUCGCAUGAAACAGCGAUGCCUCGUUGCAAACUUUUUUGAUCUCGAAAUAUAUAUAUUUUUUUCCUAUGCGAAAAACGAAGUAAGCGCGUGGUAUCUGUCCAUAUGAAUUAAGUGCCACGUGCGCCCGCGAACUCUCAAUGGGGGGGACGGUACCUUGAACGUUCUUCGUCUGACGAAAGAUCUCACCUAAAAUGAAAUUUAUUUAAUUGACCGUGUACGUAUUUUAUCUCGUGCCUAUUGCCAUUAGAGAAAAGGAGAACGAAAGAGAGAGAGAGAGAGAGAGAGAGAGAGAGAGAACGUUCGAGAUAUUCAGUGCACACCGGCGCAACGAUGAUCGAGCAUCGUUUAUCACAUGCGAGUGCCGAAACGUACGGUCGACCGUUGUCGGCCACCCCCAUUCU